CUAAUUCCAAUCUAUUAGUGUUGACGCUCUCUGUGUUUUCUAAUACCAACUUCCGAGAUCAAUAUCUUGUCAAUCUUUCUUUUGCCAAAUAACCUUGAAAGCCAUGGGUUUCCGCUUGCCUCGUUUGCUUCCCACAAAGGAGAUUCUUCGUCGCUCUCUUUCAGGAGGGAGGAACCAAUCGCUUUGUUCAACAACAGCCAAUGUUCCCAAGGGUCAUUUGGCGGUUUAUGUAGGAGAAGCAGAAAAGAGGAGGUUUGUUAUUCCAGUAUCCUACUUGAAUCAUCCCUCAUUCCAAGAUUUGUUAGGUCAAGCGGAGGAAGAGUUUGGGUUUGAUCAUCCAAUGGGUGGCUUAACGAUUCCUUGCAAAGAAGACACUUUCAUCCACCUUUUGAAUGGUAUGGAUUGUUAGAGGAGUAACACAAGAUCUUCAGAGAAGCCAGUGGUGGAGAAACGAAUCAAUGCAUAGAAUUUCCUUUGGUUGUCAAUCCAUGCCACAAGCUCCGUAGGCUCAUAAGCUCAAAGGGCUACAGCUUUGGAUCCAAAAGAAUGAUUCUUCGCUUAAAGCUAAUGGAGGAUGGACCAGCAUUAAAUCUAAAUUCUCCAAUUUUGUAGCUUCUGGUGAAAAGAAAAGACAUUGCAAUUGAAGUUGAGGAGGGGAUUGAGAUUGAAACCAAUGUCCCUAUUUUUCCAAAGAAUAUUGUUGAAAUUUCAACAUUGUAAAUUUACACUGUAUAGCACCAAGGAGAAUUUCUCCCAAUGGAAAUUGGAAAUACCAUUCAAUAGCAA